AUGUUAACGCUACCGUUUGACGAAUCUGUUGUAAUUCAAGAGUCCCAGACCUGCAGAAAUCUUUCCAGAGAAAAUGAAGAUCAAAAGCAAAUUAAAAAGCCAGAAAUCUUUGUAAAACAGAUUAUGCACCAAGGAACAAAUUUUAAAAGAUCUCCAGCAGAAGACACAGAAAAAGAGGAAGUAGAUAACCGAGAGGAAGAGGAUGAAAAUGGUUUGCCUAGGAGGAGAACUCUUCGGAAAAAAAAAAUGACCAAGAUGAGACUGGAUAGGGUCAAAUUUAGGCGUCAGGAAGCGAAUGCCAGGGAAAGAAAUAGAAUGCAUGGCCUGAAUGAUGCACUGGAUAAUUUAAGAAAAGUGGUCCCUUGUUAUUCCAAAACACAAAAGCUGUCUAAAAUUGAAACCUUAAGGCUGGCAAAAAAUUACAUAUGGGCUCUUUCAGAAAUCUUACGAAUUGGCAAGAGGCCUGAUCUGCUGUCAUUUGUCCAAAACUUGUGCCAAGGUCUCUCCCAGCCAACAACAAACUUGGUGGCAGGAUGUCUACAGCUGAAUGCCAGAAGUUUCUUAAUGGGUCAGGCAGGAGAAACGGCCCAUCACACCAGAUCUCCCUACUCUACUUUCUACCCACCCUAUCACAGCCCAGAACUGAACACUCCCCCAGGUCAUGGAACGCUUGACAGUUUCAAGUCCAUGAAACCCUACAAUUAUUGCAACCCAUAUGAAUCUUUCUAUGAAAGCACGUCUCCUGAGUGUUCCAGCCCACAGUUUGAAGGCCACUUAAGUCCUCCCCCAAUUAACUAUAAUGGGAUAUUCUCCCUCAAGCAAGAAGAAGGUUUGGACUAUAGCAAAAACUACAAUUAUAGCAUGCAUUAUUGUGCAGUGCCAUCCAGGGCUCCCCUUGGGCAGAGUUCUGUAUUCAGGUUGCCUACAGAGUCUCACUUCCCUUACGAUCUACAUCUGCGCAGCCAGUCACUCACCAUGCAAGAUGAAUUAAAUGCAGUUUUUCAUAAUUAA